CGGGGCUGGUGUCAUCCCGGCGGGGUACGGCUGCGACGGGUCGGGCGCCAGUGCUCCCUACCCUGCGCUGCAGAGGGACAGGGCAGCUGCCAGGCAAGGACCAGUCUGAGCUUGUACUUGUCUCCUCACACCUGUUUAUCUCCUCACACCUUGAGGCACCCUAGAAAAGAUCUUGCAUCACCCUGGUUGAGAAUCACUGCUAGUGCCAUGGAAUUUGAUUUACGCUGAAUCUUCACAGAAAUGGCUGCACGACUCAGACCAGCCAGUAAGAAAUGCACUGUGAUCGGUGGUUCAGGGUUCCUUGGCCAACACAUGGUAGAGAAAUUGUUGGAGAAAGGCUACUCAGUCAAUGUGUUUGAUAUCCGAAAGGGGUUUGAGAACGAUAAAGUGCAAUUUUUCCUGGGAGAUCUCUGCAGUAAAGAGGCCCUGCUCCCAGCCCUAGAAGAUGUGGCACUGGUUUUUCACUGUGCUUCACCAGCACCGUCCAGUGACAACAGGAAGCUGUUUUACAAAGUGAAUUUUAUAGGAACCAAAACAGUCAUUGAAACAUGCAAAGAAGCUGGUGUAGAGAAACUGGUGUUAACUAGCAGUGCUAGUGUUGUCUUCGAGGGCACAGACAUCAAAAAUGGAACAGAAGACCUCCCUUAUGCAAAGAAACCUAUUGAUUACUACACAGAAACCAAGAUCCUGCAAGAAAAGGAAGUGCUGAGUGCAAAUGACCCAGAUAAGAAUUUCUUCACGAUUGCCAUUCGCCCUCAUGGGAUAUUUGGUCCCAGGGACCCCCAGUUGGUUCCCAUCCUCAUUCAGGCAGCAAAGAGUGGAAAAAUGAAGUUCAUGAUUGGGGAUGGGAAGAACUUAGUGGACUUUACUUUUGUGGAAAAUGUGGUCCAUGGGCACAUACAGGCUGCAGAACAUCUUCACAGAAACUCUCCCCUGUGUGGGAAGGCAUUUCACAUCACAAAUGAUGAGCCAAUCCCUUUCUGGACUUUCUUGUCACGUAUCCUGACCGGUUUGAACUACGAUGAACCUAAAUACCAAAUCCCCUAUUGGCUGGCUUAUUACCUGGCUCUCCUCCUGUCUCUGGUGGUGCUGCUGCUGAGUCCGUUCAUUACAGUCAAGCCCACUUUCACCCCCAUGCGGGUUGCAUUAGCUGGUACAUUUCAUUACUAUAGCUGUGAGCGGGCCAAAAGGGACAUGGGCUACAAGCCGGUGGUUAACCUGGAUGAAGCAGUGGCAAGGACUGUCCAGAGCUAUUCUCACUUACGCCGAGCCAAAUAAGGAAGCCCAGAAAUUUUCCUCAUCUCCUAGUCACUUUUAACAACAUAACAAGGGCACUGAAGAGACUUUAAUCCUCUGAACAAAAGAAUCUUCCCUCGAGCCUUUCUUGUGGAAUGCAAGUUUCCCUGGUUUGGAUAGCUUCAUCCUAAAGCUGGGCUAACAGUGCAUCACACCUGUCAUUCCUUUGAUGUGACUGACAGUUCUAAAACAGCUACCAAGCCCCUAUGAGCUAUGGAUAAAUGUACACCCAGCCUUCUAAAUACCACGCUAGUACAUUUGCAUUCCAUCCCCUACUCUCUGCGCCCUAAUCCUAGAUUCUCCCGCUCUGUUGGCCACACUGGUUUUUUUCUAAUGACUGCCAAUUGAGUAAUGGAAUAAUUCUCAUGACUGGUUUCUCCCUGUGAAGUGGCCUUUGUACAGAGGAGAGCAGUGGAUGCAGAGCACAAGCCAGGCAGGGGCUCCACAACCGUCUGCUUUAAACCAUUAAAAUUUGUUUAAUUUCCCAAAGACAA